CUCUCUCUCUCUCUCUCUCACUCACCCUCCCCUCCUCCUUUUCUCUGUGUGCGUAAGGACAUAGCUAAAGCUCGGGGCACAAAGAGAGCGCGUGGCCCCGCGCCCCCACCGCCACACCGCACGCGACUGAAUGGGAUAUUAACACCCAGUACACACCUACACACACCACGCCAACCCACGGACAGGAUACACGCACACACACCCGUGCAAAAACGGUGGCACCAAAAUGGAGCUGGAACAUUUUGAUGGGCGCGACAGAGGUCAGAGGUCAAGGCGAGGGCUGCCCCCAAGCCCAGCGCACAGUGCCCACUGCAGUCUGGGCCGCGCACGCACACUCCAAGCCCUCAGCUCUGAGAAGAAAGCCAAGAAAGUGCGUUUUUACCGCAACGGUGACCGACACUUCAAAGGCAUCGUGUAUGCAAUCUCUCGGGACAGAUUUAGGUCUUUUGAUGCUCUUCUGGCUGAUCUAACACGAUGCCUGUGUGACAGCCUCAACCUUCCACAUGGCGUCCGCAGUUUAUUCACCAUCGACGGGUCUGCCAAGAUUACCAGCAUGGAGCAGCUGGAGGAAGGUGAGAGUUACGUCUGUGUAUCAAUAGAACCGUUUAAGAAGCUUGACUACACCAAGAACGUCAAUCCCAACUGGUCAGUCAACGUGAAGACUUUGGCAUCUUCUCGGGUACCCACCUCACUGGCCAGUGCCAAAUCCAGCUCACUGGAAACCAAGGAAAGCAAAGACUUUAUCCGGCCCAAGUUGGUGACCAUCAUCAGAAGCGGCGUGAAGCCUCGCAAAGCCGUCCGUAUUCUCCUCAACAAGAAGACGGCACACACUUUUGAGCAAGUUCUCAGUGAUGUCACGGAUGCCAUCAAGCUCGACACGGGGGCUGUGAAGAGACUCUACACGGUAGACGGCAAAAUGCUGACGUGUCUGCAGGACUUCUUCGGGGAGGAUGACAUAUUCAUCGCAUGUGGACCAGAGAAGUUCCGUUACCAGGAUGACUUCCUGCUGGAUGAAAGCGAAUGCAGGAUGACGAAAUCGCAGUCUUACGGGCGGCUCUCGUCUCUGCAGGGUCGCUGUUCUCCUCGCAGUGGAGGUGGCUCAUACAGAAGCAAGUCUCCGGUUUCCAACAGCUCAGCUAAUGGAACAGCAGGCAGUCAACUGUCUACGCCUCGCUCAGGCAAGUCCCCGAGUCCGUCUCCCACCAGUCCGGCCAGCCUCAGGAGACGGCGGAGCUCCCAGCACAGCGGCUCGUCUCUCUCUCUGGCUUCUACUAAAGUGUGCAGUUCCAUGGAUGAAGGUGAUGGUCCUGCUAGUGAAGCUGAAGUGGUGGAGGAAGGCCCUCAAGUUCCUGCCUCUAUAACUGAGAGAUACAAGGUGGGGAGGAUGAUUGGAGAUGGAAACUUUGCAGUGGUGAGAGAGUGUGUGGAGAGAUCCACGGGCCGAGAGUACGCGCUCAAAAUCAUCAACAAGGGCAAAUGCAGAGGCAAGGAACACAUGAUCCAGAAUGAGGUGUCUAUUCUGAGGAGGGUGAAACACCCCAACAUAGUCCUGCUGAUCGAGGAGAUGGACACCUACAGUGAGCUCUACCUGGUCAUGGAGCUGGUCAAGGGUGGCGACCUCUUUGAUGCGAUCACAUCCACAAAUAAGUACACGGAGCGGGACGCCAGCGGGAUGCUGUACAACCUGGCGAGCGCUAUCAAGUACCUGCACAGCCUGAACGUAGUUCACAGAGACAUCAAACCUGAGAACCUUCUGGUCUAUGAGCACCAGGAUGGCAGUAAGUCUCUGAAGCUGGGUGACUUUGGCUUGGCCACGGUGGUAGAUGGACCUCUGUACACCGUGUGUGGCACCCCGACAUACGUAGCUCCAGAAAUCAUUGCAGAGAGUGGUUACGGCCUGAAGGUGGACAUCUGGGCGGCUGGUGUCAUUACGUACAUCCUUCUCUGUGGCUUUCCUCCUUUCCGUGGGAGCAGUGAAGAUCAGGAGGCUAUGUUUGAUCAGAUUCUCACAGGACAGCUGGAUUUUCCUCUGCCAUACUGGGACAACGUGUCCGAUUCUGCGAAGGAUCUCAUCACGUGUAUGCUGCAGGUGGAUGUCGAGCAGAGAUACACGGCUCUGCAUGUUUUAGAUCAUCCGUGGGUCAACGACGACGGCUUGUCUGAGAACGAACAUCAGCUGUCAGUGGCUGGAAAAAUCAAGAAGCACUUUAUCACAGGCUCCAAGUCCAGCAGCACAAAACCUGGUGUCUCUGUUAUAACACCGGACGACGGGUUUUCCAUCAAGCGCUCAGGGUCUUUGGACUACUCCUCCCACCCGGGGAUGUACUGGAUAAGUCCACCGCUCUUGAUAAGGAGAGGCAGAUUUUCAGACGAAGACGCCACCAGGAUGUGAAGUCCACCACCACUCACCCUUCACACAGCAGCUUCCUGUCGAAGCCUCUAGCCGGCCCCAGCCUCUCCCCUGCAGAGUUCACCUCCGAGUCUGAGGACUUCUCGCCCAGCUCCGCCGAGACCGUGCGCUCCCCAACCUCACCGUUCUAACCCAAAAUCUCUCUCCUACACACACACGCACACACACACACACACACACACACACACACACACACACACACACACACACACA